UUUGAUUUGAAUCUUCCUCCAUCCUCAUACUAUAACUGCAGCUAGAGCUCGUCCAACUACUUCUGAAGUUUAGUUGUGGACGGAGGCACUCUGAGGAAACAACUAGUGGUAAAAGUGGUCCUAAAAAGAUGCUCUUGGAGUUUAGGCCGUCCAGUGGUCGGUCCUAACAAGAAGAUGCUCUCGCUUGCUUGGUAUAGCUUUAUCUUCUUGAGCCACAUCUCGACUUCAUGCACAAAGGUGUUAGUAGUACGCCUCAUAUCUGUCCUCUAACCUUCCUGAACUGGUGGAUAACGUGACGAACUUUGUCUUCGAGGAAUUGCAUAAGAUACAAGCCGCAACCUUUGCGCUGGCGUUUGCAGUGGAUGGGCCUAGCUUGGUUUAAGGCUCCUUUAUUUGACGGAACAAUGAGCCAAUUACAAUUUAUAUACUGUCGUGCUCUUUAAUGACUUAUUGACUUUGUUGCUAUUUAAUGAGUCAGCUCUUGUCGCUGAAUCAUGACUCAGAAGUAGAAGUACACUAUUCAGUAAGAGUAGGUGUAGACUUUCUCUUACUCUUCGUAUUUUCACUUUCGUUGAUGAUAGUCUACACUUUCGCUCUUCUCCUUCAGACACACACACAGUUUUCAGACACACACUUCAGUGCCGUGUGUGUGUCUGACUGGCCCCGUGUGAGUCCAACUUUACCCAGCACCUCCUGCAGUAGGGUGGUAGAAUAAGUAGAAACUACACCUCUUGCGUUCUAAUUGUCGCUCUCCUCUCCUACGUCAAGCGGCAAGACGUUGGCUUAUCUGGGGCCCGUCUUGUGGCACUGCACAACCGACUUGCAGCUUUCUAGCCCAGAGCAUUACGGCAAGAGCUUUCUCUACAAUGAAUAGAUGUAGCGCACUCAUUGCACUCGGCUUUGCAGCUGGCUCUUGAUCUGGGUCUCCUUCAUGAUCAUGUCUGUGCGUUUUUGAAAAUAUUUUUCAGAAAAGAAACUACAAAUAAGGUAGAGUAGUAUUUCUCACGUACUUCGGUGGAGUAGUUGUAUCUAUUUGUGCAUCCUUUCAAUCGCGUGCUGUCUCUCAUCUGCUACAAAGCGUACUACUUUCAUGCGAACUACAACUUCUAAUUCUAAUUACUACUUUCAUUCUAACAGUUAGCAGUUAGUGCGACAAGCGCUGGAUCGGAGAACAAGGAGGAAGAUAAAAGUUUGA